UUCUUCGAACAAUCGGAUCAAUCCUCAAAGAUUGCGAAACUCGAGGCUAGAUUGGUGGGCAAGCCUUCAUCUACAGUUGUCACGCAGCCCCAAGUCCAGGCGCAGCUGAAUUCAUGGUCUACCCCUGCCAAGUUUGGAGGGAAUCCCGAUAGUCUGCCCGAUUCUCUGCUUGAUAGUGAUGAUUCUGAUGAUGAUGAUAAUGGAGGAGCUUUUCUCAUACAAGCAAACACUCAAAAACGACGUAAAGUUGAAGAAGGUUGCAGCGCUACUUUAGUCGAACAUGUUGAGGAUAGUAAUUUUUCAGGGAAUAUACACUUGUCAGCAACUGAUGCUAGGCAAAAGACCAUAGAAGCUGUAGACUCGAACAAGGUAGGUGCUGAAGUAAAUAAAAGAAAACAAGGACGUGGUAGGGCUAAUUCUGCUUCAGGUAGAGGCCGUGGUCGAGUUACUGACCAGGCAAGAAAUCAGACGAUUUCUCCAUCAAACGGUCAGGUCGAAAAUUCACAUCACAAGGAUGAGUUCUUUAAAGAGCAGCUGAGGCAGGAUGGCCACUCUUCAACGGAGGAUGAAGUGACUUCCUUGCGUACAAAGGUUGCAAUACUGGAGGAAGAGCUGAAAAAAUCGCACGAAGAGGCCUCUGAUUAUCGCAAUGAGUGUGAGCGCCUUGAAAAGGAGCUCAAGGAUUUCAAAGAUUAUGAGCAGCAGAUGAAGCCAAAGAGAAUAAAAGUGAUAUCUGACUUAUUGAUAUCUGUAUCAAAAGCUGAGAGACACGAGGCGAGGAUGAAAGUACGCCAAGAUUCCUUGAGACUUGGCAAUGUGGGGGUGGUCAGAGCUGGGACAAUCAUAUCCGAAGCAUGGGAGGAUGGGCAAACACUAAAGGAUCUCAAUGCUAACCUUAGGAGAUUGUUGGACAAUAAGGAGGCCAUUGAGAGGCAGAGGAAAUCCCUGAAGAAACGCCAGCCUGAUAAAGGCGACACAAGUGAAACCGAGGAUGGUUUUCAAGAAGAAGAUGUUCUCAUUCAGGAUGAAAUAUUUAAGUCCCGUCUGGCUAGCAUCAAGCGUGAGGAGGAAACAGUAAUGCGUGAAAGAGAGCGCUAUGAAUUGGAGAAAGGAAAACUUAUACGUGAAAUGAAACGUUUAAGAGAUGAGGAUGGCUCUCGUUUCAACAAUUUUCAGAUACUGAAUCAUCGUUAUGCUCUCUUAAACCUUCUUGGCAAAGGAGGAUUUAGUGAGGUUUAUAAGGCUUUUGACUUGGUGGAACAUAGAUAUGUUGCCUGUAAGCUUCAUGGUCUGAACGCGCAGUGGAGUGAAGAUAAGAAGCAGAGCUAUAUACGACAUGCGAUCAGGGAAUACAACAUUCACAAGACGCUGGUUCAUCACCAUAUAGUUCGGCUUUGGGACAUUUUUGAGAUUGAUCAAAACACAUUCUGCACUGUCCUGGAAUAUUGCAGCGGCAAGGAUCUCGAUGCAGUUCUUAAAGCAACACCUUCACUGCCAGAGAGAGAAGCUAGGAUCGUUAUUGUCCAGAUAUUUCAAGGCCUUGUUUACCUUAAUAAAAGAUCACAAAAAAUUAUUCAUUACGAUUUGAAGCCUGGAAAUGUUCUAUUCGAUGACUUGGGUAUUGCUAAAGUCACAGACUUUGGUCUUAGCAAGAUUGUGGAGGAUGAUGUCGGAUCCCAAGGCAUGGAACUUACGUCUCAGGGCGCUGGAACUUAUUGGUAUUUGCCUCCUGAAUGUUUUGAGCUAAGUAAGAUACCUCUCAUUUCCUCAAAGGUUGAUGUUUGGUCUGCGGGUAUUUUAUUGUACCAAAUGCUGUUCGGAAAACGGCCAUUUGGGCACAACCAAACUCAAGAGCGAAUAUUGCGUGAAGAUACGAUUAUCAAAGCUCGUAAAGUUGAAUUUCCCUCAAGACCAUCUGUAUCAAAUGAGGCAAAGGAAUUUAUUCGUCGGUGUCUAACAUAUAAUCAAGCAGACAGACCCGAUGUUUUAGCUAUUGCUCAAGAUCCAUACCUAAACUAUACAAAAAAAUGAUGAUGAACUGGUCUAUGUGGCAAGAAGACAACACUGUCAUAACUUUCAAGGGUGGAAUUUUUUGUAUAGUGAUAAAAGCCUUGUGACUUUUGUUUAUUACAAACCUAAGGCGUUUGUUUUCAAUUAAUAUUUGUUUCCUGUAAAACUUCAUUUUGUAUGAAAGAAGUACAUGUUUUGCACUAAAGAAAUCAUCAAAGAGGAGAAGAUAUUGUGCCAUCUUCUAUAAUUUUA